AUGUCUGGCUCCUUGGGGCCUCAAGGACGGAAUCGGUCUGCGCUGGAGCUGGAGCUGGACCGCAUCAUUAGCAGGCUCAACGACGAUUUUGCACUGCACCUUCGCGGGCCGGAUGUAACGCUCUCUCCUCGCAAAUACCGCGAACGGCAGCGGAGUGACGAGGAGGCCCGGAUCGACGACAUUUACCAGAAAAUCAAACAGCUGCAUUAUUAUGACGGUAACCGGCUAGCUGACUGUCUGGGGCUCUUUCAGAUACAGGGGCGGUUGAUCUUGUCUGAUGCCGAGGCACUCAGUCCUACCGGGUAUCUCACUACCAGUGUUCGGUCUCUGCUCCAAGAGCGCCUCUUGAGAAUUCUUCGUGAUAUCAACGGCCCGGAAUCAAGACAGCUGAGCAAGAGAAUAUCUGAAGGGGCUGCAAAUCACACUCAGAAGCGGCCCAAAGGCCAGCCACCUCACAGCUACGAACACCAUGAUGCAGUGGAUGCUCUUCCUGUCCGCUCAACUGGUUCAUUUGCGGACAGUGGUGUCUCGUUAGCCUCUGGAAGUCGAUCUAUCGCAGAAGUUAUUCAACCACUUCCUCAGCAGACAUCAUUUGGUCAGACUUUUGCUUCAAGCCGUCGUUCUUUUCCGUCCGAAGUCUUUUCCUCGAAUACGCAAGAUGUAUCUUUCAUCAGCCAGACGACUGUUGACUCUGGAUAUCAUGACAAGUCAAAUCGUUAUCCAUAUUCACAACAAACAUCAGCCGAAUCGUUCUCACAUUCGUUUGGAUUGAGCCAAAGCCGAAACGACGUGCAGCAAAAUCGGAACUCCCUCCCUAGCAGACCAAACAAAUCCACCAACCAGCCGGAAAACCUGGAUGAUUCGCGAUUCAAAAGCCCUCUGCCUUCGUUGAAACGGUCUUCUGAUGACAGCCUCGGCUCUGCGAGCCAGACGAUUGAAGAAAAGCUUGCUAAUAUUUGGCCUAAAUUGCCGAUCCCAGCGUUGACACAUGCACCGUUGGCUGUGAUUUGGGAGGUUACAAGAGCUGCUCUUUAUUGCAAAGUUUCACUGGAUCAGUUCGACCUAUUGUAUGAGCCGAAUGAUAGCUGGCAUGAUCAAAGCAGUUUGAGAGACGCAAUCUCGAACCAUCACUUGUUUCGUGGCAAGAGCUUGCCUCCGUCCGGCGAUCCGGUGGCAUGGCACACAGCACUGGGUGACUUUCAGACCAAAGUCAAGACAGUUACACUCUCGGCAGACUUGGUUUAUAACCAAGACUCGACUGGGCCAUUGUAUAGUCUUCGAUUACAUCCGUUAAAACUCGAGCUGGGUCAUCGACUUGCGCGCCGAUUUGGUGCCGAUCGCUUCUUGGAAAUAACCAUUCCAUCGCCAUCGGCGUCGACGGAUGAGGACCCUACUGUACUCAAAGAGGAUCCAAGGAGCCUUGAAAAGAUUGUAGAUUGGCUUACAAAGCCGGAGCAUUAUUUUCUUGGGCGGACUUGGAAGCCAUUCUUCGUUCGCAAUGUAAAGGGCAAGAAGAUUUCUGGGACAAACAGAAACACAUCGGUAGAGAGAGUCUAUUUCUUUGCUUGUGAUGCAAAUAAUUUCCGCCCCAGUGCACCCGAUGGCAUCUCGCCGCUAGCAGAAGCGUUGGAGACAAAGGCCCGCACGAAAAUGAAGCUCAGUGGUCUGCUGAAAUGGGCCGUUGACAUCGACAACGAGCGCAACUCGGAACAGCCAGUUACCAAACUGUUUUCUCGCCUCGCACUGAGUCUCAGUCGAACGUGGCCAACCGUUGUUCUCGAGAAGCAUCAGAUCAUCAACAAGCCCGAAGAUCUAACGCAGGGUAAGGUGGUAAUGAAUGAUGGAAUCGGUCGCAUAUCACCAAGUUUGGCCAAGAAGGUUGCCGUGGCUCUUGGGUUGUCCGACUGCCCAAGUUGUUUUCAGGGUAGACUGGGGAGCGCAAAGGGCAUGUGGUUGGUUGAUGUGGAGAGUGAGGAAGACUUUGAGAGAGACUGGGUCGAGACUUAUCCAUCACAAAGGAAAUGGAAAUGCGACUUCGAGGAUCCUCACCACCGGACUCUCGAGAUACGGAACUGGCCAUCGGAAUUGAGAUCGGCGUCUCUGAAUCAGCAAUUCAUCCCCGUGCUAGAGGCCCGAUCACCACAACCCGACGCGAUGCGACGCGUAGUUUCCGAGCACCUACAGAGAGCCCUGCAUGCUGACCUUGGUGAGCAAGCUGCCGCCAUGAAGGAACCCAUGGGUCUCCGAUCAUGGAUUCGCCAAUCCGGCCCCUCAAAGAAUGAACGGUCGCUGGAUGGGUCUGUAGAAUUUCUGGCUGGUCUCCCCGAUAGUAACGCGGAUAAAGUCGCUUUUUUGCUCGACUCAGGAUUUGAUCAAAGGAGAAUGACGUAUCUCAGGGAGCUUGUCUGGGAAAUGUGCAAGAAAAAGGCCGAUAUUUUGAAAACCAAGAUGAACAUCACCAUUCCCUGUUCAGCUUACAUUUACAUGGCUGCGGACUUUUCAUCAACGCUUGAAGAAGGAGAGGUGCAUCUCUCCUUUUCCACGAAAUUUCAGGCCGAGGGAUUCUCCGACACGCUACUUGAGAAUAUGGAUAUUCUAGUAGCAAGAGCCCCAGCCCAUCUCCCCAGCGACAUCCAGAGAGUCAGGGUAGUAUCUCGACCAGAGCUUCGAAAGCUAAAAGACGUCAUCAUCUUUUCGACCAAAGGAAGCAUACCCCUUGCUGAUAAGCUAUCAGGCGGCGACUAUGACGGCGACAUGGCGUGGGUAUGUUGGGAUCAAAAUAUUGUUAGAAAUUUUGACAAUGCUGCCUUGCCUCCGAAGCUGGAUUUCAUCGAGAGCGGAUAUCUUCGCAAGAUGACUACGCAAUUCAAGGACAUUUUGGAUCAGGUCGGAAGAGACAACUACAGAAAGUAUAUGAACAACCGACCUGCGCACCUUCAGGACGCCUGUGUAGAGUUCGUAUCUAGAGCAUUUUUGUUCAAUCUACAGCCCUCAUUUCUCGGUCGAUGUACAAAGUACAAAGAGAGGCUCUGCUAUUUUCACAAGUCUGUUCAAGACCGAGAUGCCAUACAUUUGAGCCAGUUGCUUGGCUACUUGGUUGAUCAGAGCAAGCAAGGUAUUGAGUUUACUGAGCAAGAUUGGAAGCGUUUCUGCAUUCAACACCUUGGGAAGAAGUCUACCUUUCUUCCCGAUCCAGAGUACGCGAAAGAAAAGGGAUCGCGAAGACCUGACAACAAGGGCCGAUUGCACAUACUCGAUUACUUGAGGUUUGAUGUUGCCGAUGCAGUUAUUGACGAAGUCUUGACCAGUUUUAACGAGGCUGUCAAAGAGAAUAACGCCAUACCUUAUGAUGAAGACCUCACAAAGAUCUGUAAUAUGUAUGAAGAGAGGUCAAAAACUUCUGCCGGCUGCAGGCAGCUUCUGACACAUCUGCGGAACAAUAUUGGUAAGCUUCGCGAUGAGUGGCGUGUCGUUGGAGACAAUGGCACCGAAACCUCCAAGUAUGCCAACAAGGUAGAUGCCCUGUACCAGAAAUGGCUUGAUAUACAGCUACCGGCAGAACUGUUCGCGAGCGGCGAAUUUCCGGAGUUGGUUCAUGAUAUCAACAAGAAUUCGGCCAUGAGCAACUGGGAACUGCUCAAAGCCUCGACCGCUUUCAAGAAACACUACAACAAUGGUUACAAAUUCGUCUGGAACAUGGCGGGAAAACAGCUCGGCUUCAUCAAAGCGAUGGCGCAUCGCGUUCCAGGAGAGACGUCAAAGGUUCUGGUGGUACCAUGGAUGUGGGGUGUCUUGCGACCGGACAAGAAGCUCAUCACGUCUCUGAUGCUACAGAGAGAGGCUGCUAGCGCGGUGGCUCUUGAAGAGGUGUUUGAUUUUGACGACGACGGCACCGUUAUUGACGAUGCUUGA